ACUUGGGUUAGAACUUGUGGCUAUAAAGCCACUCGGUGGAAUUCCGAGGCGUGACACUGCAAGCACUUGCCCCACCUGGCACGUUUAACCCCAGCAUCUCGACGAGUGCAUACAGGUAAGGGUGUUCUAUUGCUGUUGCAUUUUAACUUGGCUUUAAGUAAUGUAUAGCAGCGGUUCCCAAACUUGGCUCACUCUGAUUGUUGUUUUUACCCCGCAUCUCCGAUUAGCACGGUUAGCUACGUACGGUGCGAAAGAAGUUCAACUUACCAUAAUUUUAAACAUAACUUAAGCCGAUGUGCCACCUACAAAAUGGUAAUAUAACCUCUCCAAACUAUUUGUACUGAACGACAUAAAAUAUUUAGCACUGUGUUACAAUUUUAUACAUGUGUACCCAUAUAUACACGAUUUGGCGUGUCGCCUACAGACUGCUCAUAUAACCACUGCUGACAUACGCAUGCCGCAGUUUGGGAAACGCUAUUGGAGAAUAAGUCUUGUCAGCAAAGGUUACAACGUUUCACAGAGUGUAUACAAUAGCUGCAAGUAUAUUCACUGGUUCAGUUUCAACAUUACCGAACCAUCAAGUGACAUAGAAAAAUACCAUGUAAUUUAGGAUACUUAUAUAUCUGGUUUAAUGUACCGGUGAAAACGUAAAGCUUUAAAUCGAAACUGCUUAGGGUUUUUCCUACGCAAGGAAACGUAAUUGUGUACUUACACACGCUUUCGACUGAUGGCUAUACGUUACCUGUUCUGCUCGUUUUAUUUGUCAGUGAACUGAGUGAUAAUCAAGAAACAUGACCUUUGAUUAAAAUGACAUGCCGGAUUUUUUUAAGGCAUUGUGAGAGUGUACAGAUAGGGCUGGAUUUAAAACUAGAUGUCGAGUAGCAUACAUUUGUGAUACACGAUGAGAAUGCGUGUUUUAUAGGUUUGCCUGCACUGAGUUGGCAUUACAGAACUUUGAUGAAAAGUAUCUUUUUACUCUAAAUUGGCUGCAUCUGACAUGGAAAAACAAACAAAAUCACGUAGAUACUAUGCUGCUUGCACGUGGCAUGUCGGGCAUUAUUCACCCAGCACACUGCAAGGCAGAGAAGAGAUGCUAUUCGAUUCUGCACAUAUGUAUUCCUUCAUUUGAUUUAUCAUCACGCAUUUGCAGCCAUUUGUAUAUGUGCAUCGAGUAGUGUGCAACGUUUAGAAAAGUAAACGACGUUUUCAGUAGAUGCUUGAUGGGCGAUCAAAAUCAUUUACGAAUGGGAUUUUAAACGUUUGUAGAGAUCGGCGCUGUGGGAUUUUGCAUUGUAAUAAAACUUUAAUUUGGUAAAAAAAAAAAAUUGAAUGAAGGUGUGGGGUUUUCAAAAUAAGUUAACUUCUAAAUAAAUGCAAUUUGGUUAGUAUUUGAAAAACCUUUUGAAUACUUGAUGAAAAACAGGAUAUUUGGUGGCCUUUAAAAUGCCUGUUUAUGUACACGCACCAUUUAUAAAGUUGCGGUUAUUUAUUUUGGUACCAAAUGGAUGACAAGUCAGCUGGCCGUGUAUAGGAAGACUGUGGGAAAGAGAAUUUGCCUUGAAGGCAAUAUAGGUGUGGUGCUGAAGUCCUGUAAUCGUGCAGCUUUUCCCAUAGAAUUGACGUGCUGUUAAUAAAUGCCUCCGACCUCCCGUGUCACAGAACAAGCCCAGGCAUGGUGAAAUACGAAGAGGAUUGGUCCUCUGUGACCAAGUUAGUUCGGGCGCUCGUGUUUUUCGGAAAUGCCAUCAUUACGCUGUGCGGGAUGGCCCUCAUGGCCACGGCCAUAUGGGUGGUCACCGACCCUUACAAAAUGUACCCGUUCCUGGCCGCCGACAACAACACGGACAUCUUCGCCGCAGCCUGGAUCGCCAUCUUCUGUGGCUUUGCCUUCUUUCUGCUCGGCAUCUUUGGGAUGUACGCCGUGUGGAAGAUGCAGCGGUCUGCCCUGCUCGCGUAUUUCAUCCUCAUGUUAAUCGUGUUCAUCUUCGAAGCAGCAUCAUGCAUCGUGAUCUUCACUCACAGGGACUAUUUGGUGGGCACAAAGAACUUGAUGCUCAAGCACAUGCUUCGUGAUUACGGCGAGAUUCCUUCAUUCACGGACAACUGGAAGGACUUGAUGUCAACGCAAAAAUGCUGCGGGGUGAACGGACCCGAGGACUGGAUCUCCUACACGUCGUCCUUUAGCAUAUACCACAAGGAGGACGAUGCCGACAGCCCAUGGCCCACGAAAUGCUGCGUGCUGAACGAAAACGACGAUUACCUGUACGGUCGCAUGGGCUGCAUCCUGGGCAAGCCAGAUGCCAUCUUCCAAAAAGGUUGCUAUGGACAAUUUUCAUCGGCAGUUGAUGGCUACACCUUCCCUCUUGCCUGGUUUGGCUUUUCCAUCCUCGUCUUGGUGUUCUUCGUGGAGAUUGGUACCCUAUACCUGUACACGGUGUCGUAAAACACCCGUGGGAUGUGACGGACUGCACGCAUCAUCCCCAUCCAGGACAGCACAUAUAAGGAUGUUAAAGCGUUGCUCAAAACACUUAUCGAUGUAUGCUUUUGCACUUCAACCUAGUAUAUGUUAACACCCCAUAUAUUGUCUUAUAUUAAAAUUAUUUUUUCAGUCAACGUUUUAUCAUCGUUACUCUAUUAUAUUUGCUCUUCAUAAAGUUGGGAAUAUUUUUUACCACGAGU